ACACAGCCACAAAUGUCCUAAUGCCAUGAGCUGUAUGCUUAAACAUGGCUAACAUGGUCAGUUUUACACUGUGUAUACUCUAGCCACAGUUUGAAGGCUUUGCUGGGGCUAUAGCUCAGGUUUCGGUGUCUAGGGAAGAUAAUUUGUAUGAUCUGAGAGCUCCCGUCGGCGUCCUUCUCAUCAAAGAGCACCAGGCUGCUGGGGCUCCACGGAGCUUCGUGAGCUCCUGUCACACACACUUCCUGCCCCCUCAGGUGUACACCAUCGAUAAACCUGCCACCUUAGAGCCUCCUGUGUGUCACAUUCUGCUCUCAUCCAUGUGUGUCUGCCCUCUGAGAUGGGGAAACUGGGGAUCCAAACAACUUGCCCAAGGCCGUGUGGCUGUUUGUCUAUACCCCCCCCCCCAGGAACUUGCUGGCGGAAGGAUUUUAAAUUAAACACGGUGGCCGUAAUCCUAGCAUUUGAAAAGCUAAGGCAGGAGGAUUCCCUCUAGCUUGUAGCCAGCCCUGGCUACCAAAGAGUUGUGGUGACGCAUGCCUGUCCCUAGCUCCUGGGAAGUGAAGGCAAGAGGAUCAGGAGUUCAAGGAUAUCUGGGGCUACAUAGUGAGUUUGAGGCCAGCCUGGGCUACCUGAGACCAUGUCUCACGGAAAAACUAAAGAAGAGAAGUUCACAGUAAGGAACUGCACAGUGAUGUUGGCUGACAUCACUGGGGACAGAAGCCUGGCAGCAGGGGCCUUCCAGCGGAAGAGGUCUCAGACAAAGCCUGAAAGAUGAGGCUGAACAGACAGUGAGUCAGGAUGAUAAGGUCGGGGAUUCGUGCUCUCUCCACAGUCUUCCUGUCUGCUGGCCUUGGGGUACUCGCUCCUCCAGAGACCUAUCCGCCUCCUGUGAACAGUGCCAGCUGGGAAUCCCAGCUGGGGACACCAUUCCCCUCAGGCUCCUGCACCAUGUCCACAGAAGCCUACGCCAUGGCAGAGCCCACUGGGCAGGGCCCCAAGAACCCACGUGUGUCCAGCGUGAUGGUGCAGCUGGAGAUGAAGCCACUGUGGGAAGAAUUCAACCAGCUGGGCACAGAGAUGAUUGUCACCAAAGCGGGCAGGAGGAUGUUCCCAACCUUCCAGGUGAAGAUCGUGGGCAUGGACACGCUGGCUGACUACGCGCUGCUAAUGGACUUCAUCCCGCUGGAUGACAAGAGAUACAGGUACGCCUUCCACAGUUCCGCUUGGCUGGUGGCGGGCAAGGCUGACCCUGCCACGCCCGGCCGAGUACACUUCCACCCUGACUCGCCAGCCAAGGGUGCCCAGUGGAUGCGGCAGAUCGUGUCCUUUGACAAACUCAAGCUGACCAACAACCUGAUGGAUGACAAUGGCCACAUCAUUCUCAACUCCAUGCACCGCUAUCAGCCUCGUUUCCAUGUGGUCUUCGUGGACCCGCGCAAGGACAGCGCUCGCUAUGCCCAGGAAAACUUCAAGUCCUUUGUCUUCACGGAGACCCAGUUCACAGCUGUGACAGCCUAUCAGAACCAUCGGAUCACACAGCUGAAAAUUGCCAGCAACCCUUUUGCCAAAGGCUUCAGAGAGGCUGACCCAGACUCAUGGCCUGUGACACCCCGGCCACUGCUCAGCAUCCCUGCCCGGAGUCGUAGCAGCCUUGGUCCCUGCCUGCUUAAGGGCUCUGCAGAACGAGAGAAAGAUACCAGUGGAACUUCAGCUUCCAGCCCCAGGACCCCUACUCAGACACACCAUCAGCUGCUACCUGCCCCUGAUGUCCUGCUGGCCCCUGCCACCUACAGACCCCUCCCUUACCAGAACCUGUACCCAGGAUCCCCAAGCCACGCUGGGACCUCAAGAGCCCGGCUGGCACCUUACCCUCUCCCCAACAUUAGCACUGCUGGAAAUCAGGAAGACCCAACCUUCGCAGCUGGGCUGGGGCUCCUGCCCACCUCUGCCCUGUGCUUGGUGCCUAACCAAGACUCGCAGUGAUGGCCAAGUGCUGUGGAAGCCCCUCUACCCUGUGCCCCCCCUCUCCUACCCUCCUCUGUAGAGACGUCUCCUAAGGAGAGCAGCACAACUGGAAGCCUGGGCAGCAGUGGUUUCUGCCUAAAAGCCAGUCUGGGGCCUGCCAGCCUCGGAAUCAAGCCUACUUCCUACUCAAAAGCCCCGAAUCCUGCCCCCCCCAGCCUCAAGGAUGAUUCCUCUAAAUCCUGCUUCGAUUGUCCUUCCCCCACAUUAAACUGCUUGGCACCAGCAGUCACAGCACUUCUGUCCACAAGAACUCCCAGA